AUAUAAUAAUAGAGCAUGUCUUUGAGACAAUUUUUGAGACCGUUUAGCUGUCUGACGGGCUUUCAAGGCCGCCUAUCAGACGGCCUGCGUUACAUCAUCCGGGAACUUAAGGCUGAAACCUCAUGUCGUCAGCAUCAGCUGUCCAACGGCAUCAGGAUCCAAAGCAGUAGUAAGCUCGACUGCAGCAAGAGCAAAACGUCAACCAUGUCGAGCGUGGAGCGCGAUCAGCUGGGCCAACGAGGAAGCGGCGACUCGUUCUGCGCCGGUCUUUUGCGCGGCCUCGACCAUAUCAGGGACCCGCAAUUGAACAAGGGUAUGGCGUUCACCAUCGAGGAAAGGCAGAUGCUUGGUAUACACGGUCUCCUACCAGCGGCUGUGAAAACCCAAGACGAACAGCUGGAGCUCUGCCGUCUUAACUUGGAACGCUACACGGACGAUCUCUCGAAAUACAUAUAUCUCAUAGGCCUACUGGACAGAAACGAGAAACUCUUCUACCGUUUGUUGGCAGAGGACGUAGGUAAAAUGAUGCCGCUGGUGUACACGCCAACUGUAGGUCUGGCGUGUCAGAAGUUCGGCCUGGUCUAUCGAAGGCCCCGUGGCCUCUUCGUGAGCAUCCACGAUCGAGGACACGUCUACGAUGUUCUGAAGAACUGGCCCGAACACGAUGUACGGGCGAUCGUCGUCACCGAUGGCGAGAGGAUAUUGGGACUGGGCGAUUUGGGCGCGCAUGGCAUGGGUAUCCCGAUCGGGAAAUUGUCAUUGUACACCGCGUUAGCCGGCAUCAAACCUCAUCAGUGUCUGCCUAUCACCCUGGAUGUCGGUACCAAUACCCAGUCGUUAUUGGACGAUCCUCUGUAUAUUGGUCACAGACACAAGCGCGUCACCGGCCAAGUUUACGACGACUUUUUGGACGAAUUCAUGGAGGCUGUUGUGAAGCGAUACGGCCCGAAUACGUUGAUCCAGUUUGAGGAUUUCGGCAAUGUUAACGCAUUCAGACUACUCCAGAAGUAUCGCGACGAUUAUUGUACCUUCAAUGAUGACAUCCAAGGAACCGCCUCUGUCGCCGUCGCCGGAUUAUUGGCUUCGCUUCGCAUCACGCGAAAGAAACUCUCGGAGAACACGAUCGUGUUUCAGGGCGCCGGAGAGGCGUCGUUAGGUAUCGCAGCGUUGUGCGUGAUGGCGAUGAAGAAGGAAGGAGUGACCGAGGAGGAAGCUAAAAGUAAAAUCUGGAUGGUGGACUCGAAAGGGCUGUUGGUGAAGGAUCGUCCAAAGGGUGGGCUGACGGAGCAUAAAUUACACUUUGCUCGUGAUGACGAACCAAUCGACACCUUACUGGAUGUCGUCAAGACCGCUAAACCGUCAGUCAUCAUCGGCGCGGCCGCUAUCCGGGGUGCCUUUACAACCGAAAUAUUGAAGGAGAUGGCGCGAAACAACGGAACCCCUGUCAUCUUCGCUCUGAGUAAUCCAACGAGCAAGGCGGAAUGUACAGCUGAAGAAGCGUACAUUGCUACGGAGGGAAGAUGCAUUUUUGCGAGUGGUUCGCCUUUCCCGCCGAUUACGUAUAACGGUAAGACCUUUUAUCCUGGUCAGGGUAACAAUAGCUACAUCUUCCCUGGCAUCGCGUUAGCCGUAAUAUGCGCCGGUAUGCGCAUCAUUCCUGAAGAGACUUUCCUCAUCGCCGCGUCGACUCUUGCCGAGAUGGUAACGCAAACAGACUUGGAUAGCGGAAAUAUUUAUCCGCCGUUGCAGGAUAUACAGAAAUGCUCGUUGAAUAUAGCGUGCGCGCUCAUGAAAUAUGCCUACGAGAACUGCCUUGCGACUGUCCAUCCGCAGCCUAAAGAUUGCGAAAGUUUCAUCAAGGCGCAAUUGUACGACACGAAUUAUAAAUCGCCCAUACCACCGAUUUACGCGUGGCCUAAGCUGUAAUUAUCCCCUUUAAUUGGAUUAAGACUUAUUUUUUUUGCACACAAUUACUUUGGGUCCACAAAAGAAGACUAUAGAAACGUUCAUGGGAGACAAAUUUUGCUUGUUUCCUCAAAGCCUGUUGAUCGGGCUUAUUUCAAGUAACGCGUAUUAAGUAGAAUAUGUAGUUAAUUUAUAAUAAAAAAAAAGGAAGAAGAGAAAUUACGCAAAAUGUCACGGCAAUAAACUCGGAUUUAAAGAAGUAGCAUUAUUUAAAGAUAUAAAUGUAACAAGAAUUGAUUUUCUGGUUGAACAAAUAAACAUCGCUGAUUUGAAA